AACAGAACAAGUUUUAGCAGUGAGCAACUCGAGAUUAUGGAGGCAGCAUUUAAUGCGAAUACUUAUCCUGAUCAGGAUGAACGGGAACGAAUUGCUGUAAAAACAAGCCUUAGUGAAGAUAAGAUAAUGACAUGGUUUAGUAAUCGACGAGCACGUUGCCGGAAAAAUUUCGCCUUUACAAGUGCCAGUUCACUUCUGAUUCAGAAUAUUGCUCCCAUGUCUGUUUUGCCUCGGUCAUCCAUACGACAGCCUGCAACUGUGCCGUUAUUUUCAUCACAAAUGAAUUUAUUCCCAUAUCCUGUUAGUCCGACAUCACCAGUGAAGUUUCAAGACUCAUCAAUGGCACCGAUUCUUUUUUAUCCACAUUAUGCAUCUAUAUGA